UGUAAAAGGUCCACAACUUGAGUUUCUUUCAUCUACUACCAAUGGCUGCAAGUGGGGACUCUCCUAACCUUUCUAUCUUUUUGAGCAUGCUUUAGUUCACCAUCCUACCACACAAUCAUGCUGCUCAAAAAUCCAUUGGUGAAAAAAAAACAAGAAAAGAAAAGAAAAGAAAUGACCAAAGAAAUUGUCUUGUCGAUGGGGCUUCUGGUUGUAAUGAAGCACUUUCCAUGUCACCAAAAAUUAAAUAAAUAAAUAAAUAAUAGGAGUAGAGGAGCGGAGCUUCAGAUCCCAUAAAAUCAUUCCCUCAAAGAUCAAUCACUUUCCAACUGCUUUAAGCCUUUCUAAUUAUCUUUAUCAGGGAGGGAGUUGCUUCCAAGAAAACUUUACAAACACCUAAGAAGUUCUCAGCAACCGGUCAAAUUCAAGUGCAUGGUGUAUCAGUAGCUUCUUAUCCAUUCCACUUCCAUGGCGGCUCAUGCUUCUCCUCCACCUUCAAAAGAACUUCAUCGUAAGAGCAGGAAUGAGCAGAUGCAGUAAGUCCAAAAGUAACUUGUUUCUCUGUUUCUCUCUCUGUUCUCAACUAUCUAACUGCAAUGAGUAGUAUUCUUAGCUACUUGAUGAUGAAGAAGAUGAUGAUGAUGAUGAUGAUGCUAGUUUUAUCAGUAUUUACAAUUACUGCACUUGGAGAUUUAUCUUCAAACUACCAGUCACUUAUGCUCAUAAAAUCAGACUUAGUAGACCCAAGGGGUGUUCUCAGUAGCUGGUCAUCUCAAGGGAGUAGUACUACUGGUCUCUGUAACUGGAAUGGAAUUGCAUGUUCAAUGUCUCAGACUGAUGUCUUGGAAUUGAACUUAUCUAGUUCUGGUCUUUCUGGCUCCAUUUCAUCAGAGAUUGGAAGCCUAGUGUCUCUCCAAGUUCUUGAUUUAUCUUCAAAUUCAUUAUCGGGUCUUAUUCCUCUUGAGCUUGGGAUGCUGAAAAACCUCAGUGUGUUGCUUCUCUACUCCAACUCUCUCUGGGGAGGUAUACCUCCACAGCUUGGUCUCCUAAACCAGCUCAAGGUUCUCAGAAUAGGAAAUAACAUGCUGUCAGGGGAGAUCCCUCCACAGCUUGGGAACUGCAGCGAGAUGGAGAUUCUUGGCCUGGCAUCCUGCCAGUUAAACGGGAGCAUUCCCAAUGAACUGGGCAAUCUGAUGCACCUGCAAUCACUCAUCCUGCAAAACAAUAGUGUCAGUGGAAAAAUACCUGAAGAGAUCAUUGGCUGCAGGAGUCUUCAAAUUUUCUCUGCAGCUGAUAACAAGCUCCAAGGAGAGAUUCCUUCAGGUAUUGGGACACUGGUGGAACUUCAGGCUCUGAACCUGGCCAACAAUAAGCUCUCCGGAGUGAUACCCAGCGAACUGGGGAAGCUCUCAGGCCUGACUUAUCUCAACCUGCUCAACAAUGAACUCAGUGGCACCAUCCCUUUUGAGCUGAACCUAUUGACUCGGUUGCAGAAACUGGACUUGUCUCAGAACAACCUCACUGGGACCAUUACUCUCUCCACCACCCAUUUGAAGGAACUCCAGUAUCUCGUGCUCACAGACAACUACUUAGAUGGUGAAAUCCCAACUGAUCUAUGCCCAGCUGCUCCUGAUAACAAUACUCACUGGAAUCUUCAGAACCUGUUCCUAGCUGGGAACAACCUCACCGGCUCCAUCGAAGUCUUGCUCGACUGCAUUUCACUCCAGUCACUUGACCUCUCAAACAACAGUUUAAGUGGAAUGAUCCCUGCCGGCAUAGACCGUCUCACCAAACUCACCAAUCUUAUCCUCCACAACAACAGCCUGACCGGCACGUUGCCACCCCAAAUAGGCAACCUCACCAACCUGGAGAUGCUCGCGCUCUUCCACAAUGAUCUUGUGGGUGAAAUCCCGGCAGAGAUUGGUAAACUUAAGAAGCUCACUCUCUUUUUUCUCUACGAGAACCAGAUGUCAGGGAUCAUCCCACCAGAGCUCACCAAUUGUUCCAACUUGCAAGAGCUGGACUUGUUCGGUAACCAGUUCACAGGCAGCAUUCCAGAUAACAUCGGGCAGCUGCAGAACUUGGUAGUUCUGCAACUAAGACAGAAUGAUCUUUCAGGCUUCAUUCCACCAAGCCUUGGCCACUGCAUGAGCCUGGAGAAGCUAGCAUUGGCUGAUAACCUUCUCUCCGGGACACUGCCGGAGACCAUGGGUUCCCUCUCGCGACUGAGUCUUGUCACCUUGUACAACAACUCUCUUGAAGGUCCUCUGCCGGAGUCUCUGUCCUCUUUGCAGAAUCUCACCAUCAUAAAUUUCUCUAAUAAUAGGUUCACCGGAAGCAUCUCUCCUCUCUUGGGUUCAAGUUCUCUCAUCAAGCUGGACCUCACCAACAACCACUUCUCCGGCCAAAUUCCAUCCAUGCUCGGUGACUCCAAACAGCUGCUUCGACUUCGGCUCGGCCAAAACUUUCUCAGCGGUGUGAUUCCCUCUGAACUCGGCCAGCUUCACGAGCUUGGUUUCCUUGACUUAUCAUUCAACCAACUUAACGGACUUGUCCCGCCAGAACUCUCCAACUGUAAGCAACUGUCUCAUCUCAUUCUCAAAGAAAACAUGUUCUCUGGUACGCUUCCUUCUUGGCUAGGAAGCCUGAGCUCGCUCGGAGAACUCGACCUAUCCUUCAAUAACUUCUCCGGCAGUGUGCCUGCUGAGCUUGGGGGUUGCUCAAGCUUGAUCAAACUCUCCCUCAGUGACAACCAGCUCACUGGCGUCAUCCCACCAGAGAUUGGAAAUCUCACCAGCCUCAAUGUUGUCAAUCUCCAGAAUAACAACCUCUCCGGUCCCAUACCUUCCUCCAUUCAACAUUGUACAAGUCUCUAUGAACUGAGACUCUCCCAAAACCUGUUAACAGGACCAAUACCUCCAGAUCUUGGACUGUUGUCUGAUCUACAAGUGAUAUUGGACCUGAGUCAGAACCAUUUGUCUGGUGAAAUACCUGCCUCUAUUGCCAACCUUGUCAAGUUAGAGAGACUCAAUCUUUCUUUUAAUCAACUCCAGGGAAGAAUACCAUCCUUUCUGGGACUUCUCACAAGUCUCCACAGACUCAACCUGUCCCAUAAUUUCCUCUAUGGCGAGAUCCCACAUUCUCUAUCAGUUUUCCCAGUUGACUCUUUCUCUGGUAAUGACCUUUGUGGAUCACCAAUGGCACUAUGCUUUGCACCUCCUGCUUCAGGGCAGAGGUUAUCAAAUGGUAUGGUUGCUGGCAUAAUAGUAGCCAUUGUCCUCACCUCAACACUGGUUAUACUGGUGCUGCUUUACAUAAUGAUCAGGAUCUGGUUGAACUGGAGGCAUGUCUCUGUCUCAGUUUCAGAUGGUGAAGGGUAUGAUGAGCAUGGUAGGUACUGGAAGGUUAGCACCACAACCUGCAGUGCUACUGCUACUUCUACUUCUUCUCAUGAAAAGCAGGGGUCUAGUGCAUCAGACUCAUGCAUUCUUCAGCAUAAGACAAUGCAACUGGCUGACCUUGAGAAUCAAACCAAGAGUUAUUAACUUCCUGAGAGGGAAAAUAAAAUUAUUACUUGGGAAAAUUAUUUUUGGUUCAAUCUCGUUUUUGAAGAUUCCCUCUGAAAGGACGACCCAUAAAAAUUCUUUCCGGUUGUCUUUAAAACUCACGUGAUUUGGGUCCAGGCCCAAUGAAUGAUUGACUCAACACAAGGCCCACAUGGAAAACAUGUGGGUAAUCCUCUUUACG